AUGUUAAAAAAAGAACCUGAAUUUAUUCCAAGUCCUGAUAGUUUAAAGAAUUGGCUCCAACAACCACCUGAUAGCCCAAUUAAAGUUACACCAGCAAUAUAUGAUUCUUGCUUUCGCUCAAAAGUUAAUCCAAAUUUUCUGAACAAAAUCUUUGUCAGUUCUCCUAAUGCUUCUAUAAAACUAUGGAUUGAAUUUAUCAAUGGCAUUGUUACCUUACUUCAACCAAGUUUCACUGAAGAUUCAUAUCAUCCACUUUGGCAACAAGCCAUAUAUAUCCCCAUUAAACUUGGAUGUCCAGAUGGAGCUUACAAUCGAAAUUCAUCUUAUAAUACAUCAACAAGACAACUUCAUCCUGAUUUUUCCUUUUUGGUAUCAAAUGCUUGUCUAUUUAGGGGUGAAGAAAAAGCACCCAGUAAUGCAGAGGAUCCCGCAAAUGAACUCACUUCUAAAUUAAUAUGGAUAUAUGGAGAGUGUCCAUAUAUCUUUGGCUAUUAUGCAGUUGGGUUCAUGGUUACAUUUUGUUAUUUGCAGAAAGGUAGAGAUUCAAUUGAACGAAUAGACCUCAAAACAUGUAAUUUAGAAAAACUGGAUGGACGAAUUGAAGCAUUCCUUAUUGGAAGAAAUAUUGGGCAUUUAUUGCCUCUACUUCGAAAAACUAUUCCAGACUCCCUUCAAGAAUUCACCAUCAUUCAUCGGGAUAAUGGUAAAAUAAUUGAAUUAAUGCAGAAUGUAGUUAUAAAGCAUUAUAAAUCAGCAGAAUUAGUGGGACAUAUUGUGAACUUGUAUGAUAAAAUGAAAUCUCAUCAUAUUCCUUUUAUUGAUUCUUUGAUUAAAGUUAAAAUUGAAGAACAAUCAGUCCCAUUUGUUAUUCUAUCACCCAAAGGUAUACAUUAUAAACCACAAUCAGAGAAACAACUAGUUAUGGCAUUGCAUUGUGCAUUGACUGCAGUUGAGGCAUUUCAUGGAUUGAAUAUCAUGCAUAGAGAUAUUCGCUGGGAGAAUCUAAUGAAGUAUACUGAUAAGGACAGAUGGUUUAUAAUUGACUUUGAUGAGGCAUGUGAUUCUCCUUCAAGUGUUCCUUAUAUGCAACUAGAUAGGAGAAGCCAUGCACCUGAAAUUUUUAGUGGGAAUCAUGACAAAAGUGUUGAUAUUUGGUCUAUUGGACACCUGAUAUUAGAAACUUCUAUAAAAUCAGAACUAUUAACUGAAUAUGCAGAAAGAAGUUUGAUGUUAAAGGAUUCUAAAAAGAGACCAACAGCUAAAGAGGCUUUAGAAUGGCUAUGUAACAGAUAUAAAGAUAUUCUGCAAACAGAAUUUUUGAUUAGCAAAUAUUAA